GUUUUGUGAUUAUUUCACUGUAGAAUUCUUACUUAUUCUAACUUUAAAUUUUCAAAGGUAACAUAACCAAUGGCUCUCUUUUGCUGAUUUGCAACAACUUUAUUUCCUGAAACCACCAAUUCCUCUGACCUGAGUCCAGUUUCUGCACAUUCGUCCAUCUCGUUCUUCAAAUUAGAGCCAACCAGAUCAGAACUGUAGAAUAAGUCCUGUUUUACUUUUCACACCCAGCCACAUGUCAACUGUUGCCAAAAGUUCAACAAACCAUACUUCCAACCACCAGGACUGGGCAGUAUGUUUAUUUCCUUCUGGGCGAAGAGUGGAGUACAGAUAUAAAAUGUAGAUUUGAAGUUCUUGUUCCUGUUUCUCUUGUUUUUCUGCCUUUUUUACUUCUUACUUACUAAAUAAUUUGUCAAAAAGUAUAAAAAUGAACUUUUUAUUCUUUGCUUCAGUCCUUGCACACAAAAAACAAUACACAGAAAUAUAAAGAAAGCAUGACUAACAGUCAUGAAAAAACAGAAAGUAUAAAAAAAUGAAGAGGAAGUUACUCUAAAGGAAAUAUAGAAAACAAAAAAGCAAAAUGAUGGUUUAGCAACCCAGUUUAUUAAUAAGACUAAUUUUCAAAGCAGUUCACAAUUAAAGCUUAGAAAAAAGAAAAAACAUGGAUGAAAUGGCAGCACAAUGCAUAAAAUGGCCAUCUGAGAGUGAUCUUUGUAUGAAGUCAAUAUUCGCCAUGAUGGUGUGAUGUUGAGCAGCUUUUUCUUUCUUAGUUGCAACUUGUGGACACUUUAAUCCACAUAAUCUCAUGAUGCUUCUCUAAAUCCAUCCAAUCUGUUGGGUGCCUAUACUUAACAGCCCCACUCCUUAAAUCUGGGUCAAUGGAAGGUAGAGUGACGCUGCUGUGUGCUUCCAGCAUAACUUUAAAACACUUUAAAAUCAGGAUCUGAUAAGAUUUCAUCAAGGUGAUUGGAUGGAAGAUUAAGGAUUUCACACAGAAAUAUGGAGUUCCAACCGCACACCCAAAGCAGCUGGAGCCAGUAUUUUUGCAAUCGGACACAGAUGGAGUUGGAUGUAAGAAUGGACUAUUGCCUUCUCAGCAAUGAGAAUAAACACAGCUGUCUGCAGCUGGAGGAACAUCCAGAUUCACACUGCAAUGUUUGGAUUGAUCCAGAGCCAGAAAGCUUCAAGAAAGAUCAUGGGCGAUCGUUUGCCUUGGACGCCAGAAUGAGACUAGAUGGUUUGAAGUCUGGAUUAAAUUCACCAAACUGUGGCUUGAAAAUCAAGUUGUACAAAUAUAACAGUGAAAAAGACCUCUGGGAUGAUGACGACUUACAGUCUGCUUUGGACCUGGUGGAGAUCCUUGAUAUAGAUGACAACACUGAAGAUGAAGAAAGCUGGUUAUACGAGCCUCAGAACAAGCCGUUGUUUGAGGAGAAGCAGUCUGCUCUCAGAUGGUGUCGACAUGUCCUAGAUAACCCCAGCCCAGAGAUGGAGGCCGCUCGCCGUGGGCUGAUGAAGAAGCUGGAUCAAAAAUCAAGAUAUGACUUCCGUGACCAUGCAGCAGCUUUCCAUCAUUGUCCCGGCAAGUCUGUGAGCUCCUGUGGGAACCCAACACCAGUUAGCCCAUCACUCACAGACUCUGGAUAUUUAAAUCACAACGGGCCAAACCUGCCCAACGACCCGAUAACUACAGGCUACAGACUGCAGGAUAUCACAGAUGUCCACAUCAUGGCCAGAAUACAGGAGAACAGUUUGAGACAGGAAUAUGUUUCCACACCGGCUGCUGCACUGCUCAGGAGUAACCCAGAGAUGCUUCCAACUUAUUUAAACACCAAAGUUGAAACAAAUGUUGAUUUUGCUGCUGGAAUUAAAACCAAGGCUUCAUACUCUACUGACUGGCAGCCUGGUUCAGCAUCAAAAAGCCCCUCCUCUCACGGGUCAUCAGCAUCAAAACAAGACUGCCAGAGCCCUAAGCUGAGCAGACUUCACCAGCAGGUUACCCAGUUCAAGCUGCUCCGACUGGCCCAGAAUCCAGGAGCAUCAUCUGACAGGACUAGAUCACCUCUGCGAACAAGCCUCCGCUCCCUCCAGGCUGUCAGAAACAGCAGAAGUUUAGAGACUGAUGACUCUGGACAAAUCGCUUACCCUCCAUCAGAUGUGUCAUCUACAUGUGUCGAGUCAAGCUGUGGGUCUCCAUUACUUUCAGGAGCACCUCUGAAGCCCAAUAACCCAACCCCCUUAAUGAGAGUCACGUCCGCCCGGAUCACAGCCAUGAGAAGACUGCAGAGGUCCCAUUCCCUCAGCCCCAGCAGGAUCGCUCACCCUGUGAAGGGAUAUCUCUCUGCUUGUGGACGGGUUUUUGCCUCACCAGAGAGGGCGACCACUGCAGCUUGGGGAAGACCUGCAGCAUCAGUUCAGCGAUGAAACCCUUCACU